AUGGCGGCCAAUGCGUCUCAGAACGGGGACGCGUCCAGGAGGUGGGGAAGAAAGAUGCGAAGAGCGACUUUUAUCCUGCCCAAGACUGGUGAACGAUCACGGCGACAAUUCACCCUUCGCGACGCAUCGCAACGACUGACUGCCCGUGCGACUUCUUAUUCUGGGGAGCGAGAACCUCUUCUUUCAUCAGAUGGUAGUUAUGACGAACGUCAACGCCACAAGUCUUCGAUCACGCUGUUCUGGGAAGGAUGCCAAGAUCGAGUGCUACAAGCGUGGGCGUUUACGACAUCUCCCACCGGACUGGCCAUUUUGAAAUGUUCCAUUGCGUAUCUACUUGGAAGCAUGGCGACUCUUGUGCCUGCUAUUUCGAAGUUGUUUGGAGACCGACAGGACAGCAAACAUAUGGUCGCCACCAUUACCGUGUAUUUCCACCCUUCCAGAACGUUGGGCAGCAUGCACGAAGCGACUAUCAUUGCCGUCAUCGCCUUCCUAUACGCUGCCUUCAUAUCGCUUGGCAGUAUGGGUCUUUCGAUUUUAUUCGCUCACUGGCACCUACUCGCUCUCGGCCAUGCUAUCGUUCUGGUCGUCUUCGUCGCAGGAGGCUUUGGGUUCAUGGCGUUUGUCAAGCAGUACUUGGGAAACCCACUGGUCAACGUUGGAACCUCGCUAGCUUCUUUGGCAUCUAUCAACAUUCUGAUCCGAGAAGGCUCAGUCCAGUCUGGUGCAUUCAGCAUGUACAAGGUGACACAGAAUUUGGGCAUGACCAUCUUAGGAAUCUUCAUCGCAGCUGUGGUCAACAUAGCUAUACUGCCAACUCUGGCUCGCAAGAAGCUUUCGCAAGAACUGGAGAGGAAUACUGAUCUACUCGGCGAAGUGCUGAUCAGCAUCACUCGAGCUUUCUUGCACGGCCGCGAGAAUGAUCUGGAAGACGAGUACUUCAAGACGCUAUCUAAAGAGCACCAGGCAUCUCUGAAUGCUCUGAAGAAGAACUUGAAUGAGGCAAAGAAAGAGCACUACGUCCUUGGACAUGAAAAGAUAUAUACUGUUGAGGCAAGAAUUGUCGAUCGCCUGAAUGGGCUUGCACAAGAUCUUGGUGGUCUAAGAAGUGCUGCCCUUGCACAGUUCGCCUUCAUCAACCAGGCCAAGCAUGCCGACGAUGAUGCAGACUCUGGUCCGGAACCUCAUCAGUGGCUCGCCUCGCCGCCAGUGCAAACGCCUGCGCAGGAGUCACAGAACUACUUCAGCAAUCUGGACGUCAUCAAAGAAUCGCCAGAAGAACGAUUACCAGCCAAUGGCAAUGGUGUAUCAAAGAAAGACCAUGCUAGGACCAACAAUGCAUCGCUGCCGCUCUCUCGGAACUAUAGUACAGAAUUCGAAGAUACACCGGGCACAAGCAGUCCCAUUUCGACACACUCUUUUGCGGAUCACCCCAUACUCCACCCGCGAGAGGGGAGCAUUGGAUUCAACAUGGCCAAGAGUCCAGGCGAUAUGUUUGUCGCUUUUAUCAGCCAGCUUGGCCCACCCACCAAAUCCCUGGUUUUUACCCUGAAGAAGACCCUGGAUGAGCUUCCCUUUAGACAGGUUUCGACUGACUGGAAUCCUUGGGCGGCGCGCGAGCUUGAAGUCGCUGUCGACGAUCAAUUCCAUGCGAGCCUGAGCGAGGCGAUUGAACUGUACCGAGAGUCCAGAAAAGAGUCAUUAAGUUCAUUGCACCAGAACCGAGCGAUCAAUGCAGCCAUUAAUGCGCAGCACGGCACCAAGAGCACUUUCUCCACAAGAGCUCCCAACACGCCAAUCACUGGAUCACCCACUGAGGUGAGGCACCGAGGGCAUGAACAAAAUCGAUCAAAAACACUGUUCAAUCGACGUCCUGAGGAGGUGCUGGCCGAUAUCGAAGAGGUCUCGGCAUGCUGUGGACACUUCAGUUUCUCGCUCUUGGACUUUGCCGAGGACGUUUUGAACUACCUGGAUAUCUUGGAUGACCUCAAGGCUGAAAUGGAGUCACAACGUCGAUCAUGGAACUGGCUGCUCUUCUGGCGGCGAUCGGCUGGUCCACGAGGGUCGUCACCGAUCAGAGCGAAUACUGUGCCUGAGAGCAACGAAGAUCCAGUCGCUGGCUACAACAUUCCAAGUCAGAUCAAAGAGGCAGAUGCUUUCGGAGACCAACGCAGAUUCGCCAACGGCUUACCUUGGUACUACAGCAUCUACAAGGCCUUCCGCUGGGUUCGUCGCGACAACGUACGCUUCGCAGUCAAAGUCGGGCUGGGUGCAGCUCUCUACGCACUCCCUGCCUUUAUACCAACCACGAGACCAUUCUUCCUUCACUGGAGAGGAGAGUGGGGACUGGUCUCGUACAUGGUUGUUUGCUGUAUGACCGUAGGCGCAGUCAAUACCACAGGCAUCAACCGUAUUCUGGGAACCGUCAUGGGCGCUUUGAGCGCUGUUGUCGUAUGGCUCAUCUCCAAUCACCAUGGAGUAGCCAACCCUUAUCUCGUUGGUGGGCUGGGUUGGGCGAUGUCCCUGGUGGGCUUCUACAUCAUCGUGGCGAAAGAUAACGGACCUAUGGGCCGUUUCAUCUUCCUGUCGUACAACUUGACGGCAUUGUACUCAUACAGUCUCUCCAUCCACGACGAUGACAACGACGACGACGAAGGCGGCAUCGACCCAGCAAUCUGGGAUAUUGCCCUUCACCGUAUCGUCUCCGUCACGGUCGGAACAAUCUGGGCCAUGAUCGUGUGCCGAGUCAUCGCCCCUAUCUCAGCACGCAAGAAGCUCCGCGAAGGUCUCUGCGUCCUCUGGCUUCGAAUGGGCCUCAUCUGGAAACGCGAUCCUCUAGCCAUGUUCCUCCUGGGCGAACCCACAACCGCCUACAUGGACAUCCGCGAAGAAAGCGAACUUCAGGGUUUCCUAGGUAAUCUAAGGAGUCUUCGAAAAGCUGCGAAUUCGGAGUUUGAGUUUCGUGGUCCGUUCCCUGAUAAACCCAUCGGUGCUAUGCUGGAUCGAGCAGGGAGAAUGCUGGAUGCUUUCCAUGCGAUGAAUGUGGCCAUAUCGAAGAACCUAGCCUACACGGACGGAGAAGCAGCUCUACUGCGAUACACCCGCCCCGAACGCCUCGCACUCUCCGCCCGCAUCAGCCAUCUCUUCACCGUCCUAGCGAGCAGCAUCAAACUCGAAUACCCCCUCAACGACGUCCUCCCCAACAUCGACGACCGAAGAGAUAGACUUCUAGCCAAGAUCUCGGAGUUUAGGAGGACAGGUGAAGGAAGAGAGCUGACGACAGAGCAGGACUAUGAAUUGUUGUAUGCGUACGUGCUGGUGACGGGUCAAUUGGCGAAGGAUAUCCAAGCUGUGGGCGCGGAGAUUGAGACGCUGUUUGGGACGCUGAAUGAGGAGAACCUAAAACUUGGAUAG